AUGGCGGCUCCGCCAGCAGCCGAUAAGGAGGAACAGCCCCCCCCCCUCCGCCGCCGCCACCCCCGCCCGCGCCGCGGCCCAGCCCGAAACGAAAAGCCAAUUUACCCAUCACUGAGUCUCUGCUGUUUCCUCGCAUACAUUACCAUCAAUGCACGACCUGUGAGUGUGUGUCGGGGGAGGGGGGAGAGCAGCCGCGAGGGGCGGGCGAGCGGGCGGGCGGCAGCACCGGCACCACGGUCCGGCGCGCCCUCGGCGACUCUCAGCACCUCCCCGUUACUGGCGCCGGCGCUCCCGGGCCAUCUCCCUCCGUCCACACCACGCUCACUCUCAGCCCGGGGAGAGGCGCCACCUACACGGCGGAAGCGGCCAACUGGGGGGGAGGAGGGCAAUAAGACGCGUCCUGCUCAGGCCGGCGGAGAGCAACUGCCUUCUCCGCCUUCUCCUCCUUCGCCGCCUCCUGCCCUCCUCUGCCCCAGCCGCCACUUGGCCCUUCUCCUCCGCCAGCCGCCGCCGCCGCCGGUGCCGCCGCUGCCGCUCCACCAACUACAUCCGGGCAACUCCGAGGCUGCGGCCUUCGGCAAACCUCGGCAGUUUCCGCCGCGCCCCUCCUCUGCCACCCUGGGCCCUCCUCCCUUUCCGCGCGCAACUCCGGCACGCCGUCUUCGGCAAACCUCGGCUCGCUCCUCUUUUCCUCUUCCUCUUCCUCAGAGGCCUGGCUCAACGCCUCGACACCCGUCAGUUCUUUCCGGUUGCCGCUGCUUUCCUGACGCUCACGCUGGCCACUGCCGUUCCAGUUUAAGGAGACUCCUGCCUGGGGACCAGCUCGAGGCUGGUCCCAGGAGCCCCGGGGUGCGCCGGGAAGGAGCCGCCUUCGGGAGGAGGACGGUGGGGCGCCAGAGAAGCCAUCUCGGACUAAAUAAGGGAGGCUGGGGCUACUGCGCGUGCGCCGAGGUGGGGGCACAAGAAGGGGGGGGUUGUCCUAGGAGAGCGCUCGGGCUGCAGGCGCCCGCCCCUCCGGGCUGCGGCAGGGUGGUCGCAAACCGUUCGGUAGGCGACGGGCGAACGGUUAUCUUGGAGCUUCCUCCGCGAGCUGCGACCGAAGCUGCUGUCAGCGAGGUGGGGAGCGCGCGACUACCCUCUCGGGCCCUUUUCGUGGAUCGAAACUGGUCCUGGGCCCCAGCCUCACUCGGGGCGCUUAACGCGCCGCAGUCCUGGGACUGCCAGGGCAGCUUGAAGCUGGCGCGCGGCGGGUUAGAAAGCCUGACUCAGCCAUACUAAUACAUGACUGUGCUGAAAUAUACACUUGAUUUAAGAGAGAAUGUGUAUCUGAAAGGAAAGAGGACUACUAACCACCAAUAAAAAGGAAAUUAAGCUUGCAACAGAAAUUUGAAAUUAUUAGAGGUUAUUCAGGUAGGUACCUUUAUAGGUGAUAGUUAUGCACUACCCUGGGCAUCAUAAAGAGGACACUGAAGUGGCUAAAGGAAACAAUCUGGCCAAUUGAGCAGUGAAAGAGACUGCUUAAGAAACAUUUAUAAUGCCUUUGGUACAUGUUCUAGACUUGUCACAAUUUGACCCUGAAUAUUCAACUGCAGACUUAGAAAAAGCUAAGAGCUGGAAUUUUGAACCACCUAUACUAAACCAUGGCUCACAGGUCCUGGAAUUUCUGAAGCCAUGUGUACCAGAACAAUCCUAAGACAGAUCCCUGUCAGAAGAAAGAAAGGAAACAAUACCCAGGGCAGUGCCUGUUUGAAGACUGGCAAAUAAACUUUACCCAGACACUGAGCAUCUUAGGAUGGAAAUAUUUGUUAGUCUUUGUUAAUACCUUUUCUGGAUGGGUACAGGCCUAGCCUACUAGAACUGAGAAAUCCUCGGAGGUAAUGAAAGCCCUAAUGAAGGAAAUAAUUACCUGUUUUGGCCUAUCUGGCAGCAUCCAGAGCAAUAAUGGACCUGCUUUUGUUUCAGAAAUUACACAGAAGGUUAGUAAAUUUUUAGGAAUCAAGUGGAGACUGCACAUAGCAUGGAGACAUUAGGCUUCAGGGAAGGUAAAGAUGAUGAAUCACAACUUGAAGAAAAAUGUAGCCAAAUUGUGUCAAGAAAUUCAUCUCCACUGGGAUCAAGUUUUACCUUUUGCUCUGAUCAGGAUAAGGGUGGCUCCUUGAAGUGUUGUCAAUUGAGUCCUUAUGAAAUGGUGUACAGGCAACCAUUUCAGGCAACAAUUAGGGUGGGAGACAUGUAUGUAGAUCAAGAAGUGAAGGUAAAGAACCACACACAACAUCAAAGUCAGACCUUAGCUGUAAUUAAUGAUUUCACUUGUAUUAGAGAUCUCUCCCCCAUAGGUUCGGUACAUUCCUUUGAUCCUGGAGAUAAGGUGCUACUCAAGACUUGGAAGACAGGAUCCCCAAAAAGCCAACUAGAAGAAAAGUGGAUUGGAAUCUACAUCAAACAAACUUUCAUGUAGGCAUUUGUACCACCUUGGAAAAAUAAUUGGGGACUUAUGAUAACCCUAAAGGACAGGAAAGUGUUUUCUUUAAAAAAUGCUAAUGUAGUCCUGACUGGUGUGGUUCAGUG